GUUCAAACAAUCUCAUAGCAUCUUUAGCCAGAGAAAGAGAGAAGAAGAGAGAGGAAAAAGUAGUAGUUUGGUCUACUCUUCUCAAGCAAAGAGAGUGCAUUACAUCACAUAGAAGAGAACAGAGUCCGGCAGGCAGUAUCGAGAGCCUAUUCUUUCCGGCUUUAAAUGGUUCGAACCAAUGCCAUGAACAUAUCUCUUUGAGCUCUCAAUCCCUCUAUAUAAACCCCCACCUCUCCUCCACCAAAUAGUUCCAACCCGAUCCCAGGCGGUUGCGCAGAAAUGGAGUUCCAGGGAAGGGCUUGCGGCUCCGCCACGCCGCCAUCUGAGGAGGAGAUGGAGCUGAGGAGAGGGCCGUGGACUGCGGACGAGGACCUCAUACUGAUGAACUAUGUCACUGCCCAUGGCGAGGGACGCUGGAACUCUCUUGCUCGCCGCGCAGGUCUGAGAAGAACAGGCAAGAGUUGCCGGCUCCGAUGGCUCAACUAUCUCCGCCCCGACGUCCGGCGCGGCAACAUCACCCCGGAAGAGCAGCUCCUCAUCCUCGAACUCCACUUUCGCUUGGGGAACCGGUGGUCGAAGAUAGCGCGGCACUUGCCGGGGAGGACCGACAACGAGAUCAAGAACUACUGGAGGACGAGGGUGCAGAAGCACGCGAAGCAGCUGCGGUGCGACGUGAACAGCAAGCAGUUCAGGGACAUCCUGCGGUCCAUAUGGAUGCCUCGCCUCGUCGAGAGGAUCCGCGAGGCCUCCAGCAGCUCCGCCGCCACCGCCAUGCAUCAGAAUGCCGCAGCCCCGCUGGCUCCCACGCGUCCUGUACACCGAGCUGCUGAGCCUCCGCCAACCAUGGAGUACUCCUUCGAGGCUCGGUUAUCAUCGCCUCCGGCGUCGGAGAGCGUCACGGAAAGCCGCGGGAUUCAGGGGGUCGGCGUCGACUGGAUGCAGGGGGCUCAGCCGCCGAGCCCCGGCGGGUACGCCUUCUCGGGCCUGCCGGACGUCGACCAGAGCGGGUGGGGGGAGAGCUUGUGGAGCGUGGAGGACAUUUGGUUACAGCAGCAGCAGCAGCUUUAGCUUUAGAAUGGAAAUCUUGGAAGCAAUCGGAGAAGACAGAUUGCUGAUCUGAUUCCUUGAUGAGUUCUUAGACUUCACUGUUACCUCCUUAAUUCGACAGAGUCACUGUAAAGAUGUUCUUAUGAUUACAGACAUAAUAUUUUGCUGUCCAAAUAAUUUCAUAAGCAAGUUGAAUAAUCGACAAGAA